GUUUCCUCAAUCAUAACUAACAUCGAGAAAAUGGCAGCAUUCGUGGUGCUCUUCCUCCUCGCCUUGUUGUCCUGCAACGUUCUCUGCUCUUCUUCUCGCACUUUUCCUUCGAAAUCAAUUGCGGCGGCGGCGGCGGCGGCGGCGGCGGCGGCUGUCGAAGAUCCUGAGUUAGUCGUACAAGAGGUGCAAAGGAGUUUGAACAUGUCGCGGCGGGAACUGGGGUACUUGUCGUGCAAGACCGGGAACCCGAUCGACGACUGCUGGCGGUGCGAUCCGGGGUGGGCCAAGAACCGGCAGCGGCUGGCGGACUGCGCGAUUGGGUUCGGGAAGAACGCGAUCGGCGGCCGCGAUGGUGACAUUUACGUGGUGACUGACAGCGGCGACGACGACCCGGUGAACCCCAAGCCGGGGACGCUGCGGUACGCGGUCAUCCAAGAAGAGCCGCUCUGGAUCGUCUUCGACCACGACAUGACCAUCAAGCUCAAGGAGGAGCUGCUGAUGAACUCUUACAAGACCCUCGACGGCCGCGGCGCCAACGUGCACAUCGCCGGCGGGCCCUGCAUCACGGUGCAGUACGUUAGCAACGUCAUCAUCCACGGCCUCCACAUCCACGACUGCAAGCAAGGCGGGAACGCGAACGUGCGCGACUCUCCGGGGCACUACGGAUGGCGCACGCUGUCGGACGGCGACGGCGUGUCCAUCUUCGCCGGCGCCCACGUGUGGGUCGACCACUGCACGAUCUCCAGCUGCCGCGACGGGCUGGUGGACGCCAUCCACGGAUCCACCGCCAUCACCAUCUCCAACAACUACUUCAGCCACCACGACAAGGUGAUGCUGCUGGGCCACAGCGACGACCUCGCCGCCGACAAGAGCAUGCAGGUCACCAUCGCCUUCAACCACUUCGGCGAAGGCCUCGUGCAGAGGAUGCCAAGGUGUCGCCAUGGCUACUUUCACGUGGUGAACAACGACUACGUUCAUUGGGAGAUGUACGCGAUCGGAGGGAGCGCGGCGCCGACAAUAAACAGCCAAGGCAACAGGUUCCUCGCACCCAACGAUCAGUUCGCCAAGGAGGUGACCAAGCGGGAGGAGGCGGCGGAGAGCGAGUGGAAGAAGUGGAAUUGGAGGUCGGAAGGAGAUCUGAUGCUGAACGGAGCCUUCUUCACGCCAUCGGGGGCCGGAGCAUCGUCGAGCUACGCGAAAGCGUCGAGCUUGAGCGCGCGGUCGUCGUCGGUGGUCGACGCGUUAACGGCGGCUGCCGGCGCGCUCACGUGCAAGAAAGGCUCCCGUUGCUGAUUAAUUAGUGGGAAGAAAUUUGGAUUGAGGAAUAUUUUUAUAUUUUUUAUGCUUUACUGUGGGACCCACCUCGGCCUGAGAACCGAACUGAACCGAAGCGGUUGGGUUGAAGGGAACUCAUGUGGUUCAAAGGCUCAAAGUGCUGAUGUGUAACUAUAUACUAUUUGAAUUGAAUCGAAUCUUAGGUACUGAAAA